CUCAACCCAGUAGCGGUUCACUAACUCCUUCCCCCGCCCCAAGCUCUCAUUGUCCCCCUCCAAGAUGGAGGCGCUGGAGGUUUUGGGGGGCUACCCGACCAAGCCAUCGAACCCUCGAUCACGAAUGGUCAGGGUUCUACUAAGUAUGACUGUUGUUAUGGGAUGUUUAUUAAUGUUACAUAGUUUUCUCAAAAUCGCUAAGUCGCGGAAGCCGCAAGAUUUCUACUCUUUUGAGGUGAAGGACGCCAAAGGGAAAAGCGUUUCUCUGGAGCGAUACCGAGGCAAAGCGUCUCUGGUUGUCAACGUGGCGAGCCACAGCGAACACACAGAGAAUAACUAUCGCUCUCUGCAAGAGCUGCACCGGGAACUGGGAACGUCCCAUUUCAACGUGCUGGCUUUUCCCUGCGGCCAGUUCGGGGAGACCGAGAUGGGGACCAGCCGGGACAUCGAGGCCAACGCCAAGAAAACCCAUGGUGUCACCUUCCCUAUCUUCAGUAAGAUCAAAGUCAUGGGAUCGGAGGCGGAGCCAGCUUUCAAAUUCAUAACAGAUUCUGUAAAAAGGAUUCCUAAGUGGAACUUCUGGAAGUUCCUGGUGAACCCCGAGGGCCAGGUGGUGAGGUACUGGAAGGCAGAGGAGCCCGCCGAGAGCGUGCGUCAGGAGGCCACAGCCAUGGUGCGCCAGAUCAUUCUGAAGAAAAGGGCAGAGCUCUAACGGGUUUGAACUUGGAACUUGUCAAGACAGGAGUGACUACACCUCUGAGUUCAAGAGUUCAAUUGAACGUCCUGGGGUACUGUACGACGGACGAACAUUUCAACACACUUUAUUACCCUGUGACGUGGGAAAUGAUUUGGCCACUUUGCCAAACUUUGCAGAAGAUCAUGCUCACUGCACUGUAGGUGGGUUUAGUAUUUUACUGGAUGGCAACAAGACUAGAAUAAGAGCCUGUGUGUGUCUCUGUGUGUGUGUCUCUGUGUGUGUCUCUGAGGGUGUGUCUCUGAGGGUGUGUCGCUCUGAGGGUGUGGGUGUGUGUGUGUGUGUCUCUCUCUGUGUGUAUGUCUCUCUGAGGAUGUGGGUGUGUGUGUGUGUGGGCCAUGUGCCAUGUUGUUUACGACUAAGCUAGUAUCAUGGCCUGGACGAACCACUUCUAGUAUCAUGGCCUGGAGGAACCACUUUGAUGUGUAAUAUGGGUUUUCUGUUCCAUACAACUCUUUUUGUCAGUACUCUCUGGUAACUACAUGUAGACAUGGCCAUCUUGUUCAGUUUGUCUUGCUCUGAGAUAGAUUAAAGACUGUUAUGUUUA